CCUCUCUGAUUCUUCAGGGAAGUUCAAGCUGUUGGAUCAGGACCGGGAUGUGCGGGAGCCUGUGCAGUAUUUCAGCAGUGUAGAAGAGGUGGCAAGCGUCUUUCCAGACCGGGUGUUCGUCAUGGAAGCCAUCACCUUCAGUGUCAAGGUGGUGUCAGGGGAGUUCAGCGAGGACAGCGAAGUAUAUAACUUCACGCUACACACGGGAGAUGAGUUAACUCUCAUGGGUCAAGCAGAGAUCCUGUGCGCUAAGACGGUAAAGGAAAAGUCCCGUUUCAACACCAUCUUGAAGAAACUGGGCAAGACUGGCACAAUGGGCAAAACAGGUGAAAGGUAAAAUGCCCUGCUUGAUAUGCAUGAACCAUCGAACAAAUGAGAGCCUAAGCCUUCCAUUCCAGUGCAAGGGAAGCUUCAGUACCAGGAGCCGCCGUUGGAGCUACAGAUGCAGGAGGGCGAGCACACCAUCCGGAGUAUUAUUGAGAAGGUUCGGCUGCCUGUUAAUGUCAUAGUGCCUACUCGCCCUCCUCGCAACCCCUAUGACCAUCACAUUAUCCGUGAAGGUCAUCGGUACAAGCUGGUCAGCAUUAUCUCCAAAACUGUUGUUCUUUGUUGUCUUCUACGUAAGGAGGAGGUCAACCCCUUCCAUUUCUUGCUGCUCACAGACAUGCCCCGUUUUUUCACUCCCUGAGGGUCUUCUUUGUGGAGAUCCCUAUUUUGACAAGUUGGUAAAAGACUGCGCCCUUUACUGCCAGGAACAGAAGUUCAACCCAGAUGAGUAUUCCAAGGCUGUUCGGGAGACAAAGACUGAUUUUGCCGAGGAAUGUGCCAGCCCACGUAAGAUACGGGUUUGCUUGCAGGGUUUCUCGGCUGGCUCAAUAAACUACACCCGUGAGGAGCUGAGUCAGGGCCUACAACGCUUAUCCUUGUGUGUUUACAGCGGGACAAUCUCUAAUGACACCAGUCCCCAGGAUUGUCGAGAGGCCCAGCACCAGGGACUGGGAUCAUCAUCUGACAACUCAGACUUAGAUCGGGAGUACAUGACACCAGAUUGGGUGGAACAUGAUUUUAGGACUCAGGAACAGUUGGAGAUACCCUAUGAAGAACUUUGGACAAACCAGAAUGUGGAAAAUUACUCUGAGCCCAGCAGCAAGCCUGUUGGGCUAGAGAGCGGCAACAAGACCCAGCAUGAUCUUAUCUCCUUUGCAACCUCCCCAUCUCCACUUGAGGGCAAGUCAUGUUCACCACCUCCACCAGCCUUAACUAUCGAUGAAGUAAAGACAGAAGCACCUCCGCCAGUGCCCCCAAAAUCUGAAGCAGUAAGGCAGGAAUGUCGUCUUCUGAAUGCCCCACCAGUGCCCCCACGGGAUGGCCGCCUCUUCUCCUCAUCAUCCAGCCCUCCUGUCCCACCACGGCUUCCGAAAGCCCAACUAUCUCAAGCGCAGUCACCCAGCCUUUCCUACUACUCAUCUGGGCUGCAUGACAUAUCAGGAAAUCGUAGUGGCAGUUGUUCACCCUCCCAGAUUCCUAUUCCUUAUACUGCUACCCUUGUACCUGGGGAGACUGCAAGGCAGGAGAUGCAUCUAACCGGCAGAUGUCCAACAGCAUGGCCUCCACUGCCCAGCCCACGCAGACAUCUUGGUCCGAUUCUUGGGCCUAUGCGGACACCGGUCCAAGUGUGGCCAGCGGUCGCUCUACCCCUCUACUCAGCACGGACACUACCAUUAAGACUUACUACAGCUGCCCCAGGUUGAAACCCCCACAAACCCAAAAACGCUUUGCCCCUUUUGGAGCCUUGAACCCUUUUGCCAACCCAGCCUUUGCUUCUACUCCUUCUUCCUCCGGAGAGUGGUUAGAUCCUCUAGAACACGCUAAAUCCUCUUCAUCUUCCGUCUCAGAUGCCCUGGAUCCCUUCGAUGUCAGUAAUAGUCAAAGCACAUCCCCGGACUGCUCUUCCAUUGGGUCAGAGCUACGAUUCAUUCCUGAACCUGUAUUUAAAAGUGGAGGAUCAGGGACUUCUCCUGCUCCACCACCCCGACCAGCAAAAGGAUUUGAGACCGAAAAUAUUGUAAUUAGGAGCACAGCCCCUCUGUCACCUACCAUUGUAAGAGGUGCAGAGGGAGGGAUCACUAGAGUUUAUCUUACUCAAGGUGUCAUUGAGGUGCCACCAAUCUCAUCCAGGAGUAACAUAGAUGUAUCUUCCUCUCACACACCUGGUGUUCCCAGAGCACCUGGAGACCCUACAGCAUGGCACCCACCGCCUGAUCUAUCAGCUCUGUCAGUGGAGGAAGUCUCAAGGUGCCUCAGGUUCAUCGGACUGUCUGAAGACGUAGUGACGUUCUUUGUGAGGGAGCGUAUUGACGGAAGCAUCUUCGUCCAGUUGACGGAGGAGAUCCUUUCGGAUGAUUUCAAGUUGACUAAACUUCAAGUUAAAAAGAUUAUGCAGUUCAUCAAAGGAUGGAGGCCUAAGAUCUAG